AUGUCUGGGGCUUUUACCCAUGUUUUCACCUUUGGCCCAACAUUCCGAGCAGAAAAUUCACAGAGUCGCCGGCAUCUGGCAGAGUUCUACAUGGUGGAGGCUGAGCUGUCCUUCACUGAAAGCCUUCAGGACAUCAUGCAGGUUAUGGAAGAUCUUUUCAAGACAGUGACAAGCACAGUGCUCUCCAAAUGUCCUCAUGAUGUGGAGCUUUUCCAUAAAUACAUAGCUCCUGCACAGAAGGGCAGGUUGGAACAAAUACUGAAGAACAAAUUUUUGACAAUUUCCUACAGUGAAGCAGUGGAAAUUUUGAAGCAAGCUUCUCAGACUUUCACUUUCAAGCCAGAGUGGGGCCGUGACCUCCAAACAGAACAUGAAAAGUACCUGGUGAAGCACUGUGGUGAGGUUCCUGUGUUUGUGAUUAACUACCCAUAUGACCUGAAACCUUUCUACAUGCGGGACAAUGAAGAUGGACCUCUGCACACAGUUGCAGCUGUUGAUCUCCUUGUACCAGGAGUAGGGGAGUUGUGUGGAGGCAGCUUGAGAGAGGAGCGGCUGCCCUUGCUCGAAUCACGCUUACAGAGGUUAGGACUCACAGAUGCCUACCAAUGGUAUCUAGACCUCCGAAAAUUCGGCUCAGUUCCUCAUGGAGGCUUCGGAAUGGGGUUUGAACGCUACCUGCAGUACAUCCUGGGAGUUGAUAACAUCAAAGAUGUUAUUCCUUUCCCCAGGUUUUCUCACUCCUGUCUCCUGUAGCUCAGCAGUUGACUCGGAGUAAAUUGGUGGUGUAACUAUGUGUAUAUAAAAUACUGUGGUCUGACUGAGUGUGUCUUAGUUGGAAAUCAAGAUAUUUUUUUAUAUCCGUGAAACUCUUGGUAAAUUUAAUACUGUCUUAUUGAAAAUUAUAUAUGUUCUGGUGAAAUUAUGGCAGGACACUGCCAGUUAAUUUGAUGGCAGCUUGUGUCUUCAGUGCACUUUGGGAGUAUUAAUAAUUCCCACUUAACUAAAGGGUUAAGUUUCUCAUGAGACUGGUACAAGCUGUUGAAGUACUAAAUGGGAGGUGGCAGGGAGUUUACGUGAGAUAUUAAUAAGGAGGUAUGACCUUAAAAUACUCUCAUGUCUGAUGCCCUUGCUGUUACAAAAUGGUUACUCUAAAGCAUGAUUUUCCCCAC